AUGCUUGCCACUAGAAGUACAUCGUAUGGGUGUCAAUUUGCAAUUUCCUGUCUGUGAGGUUGAAGGUUAAAGGUAGCCUAUAGGAGGUUCCCUCUUUGUCUCCUCUCCUUUAGAGGCUUUCAGACAUUCCUCUCCUGCAGCCCAUCUCAGGUUACCCGUCUGAUUUAAGCGCCCUUUCUUUCUGUAAUAAGGGUUAAUUGGCCUAACUCUUAACCCUCUGGAGACUGGAGAUCUCUCGUCAAAGGGCUGGCCCAAAUUAUACGCUCAUUUCCAUUCUGAUGGUGGUGGGAGUUGGUGCUGGUGGUUUGUCCCGUCAGACUGACUGACAGACAGGGGGUGGAGCGGGGGUCCCAUCUGUCCAGGCUAGCUGCCCCUGUGACCUGACAGAGGUGGUUCUUGUCCCGAGUUUGAGGAGGGGGGGUUAAACCUAUUAGCUAUAGGGGAAGGUAGGUUAGUUUGCCUCGGAUCAGCUUAGGAGAGUCUCGGGGGGGCAGUGGCCAGUGCUAGUGACAGCCAUACGAUGUACUUCUAUUGGCCAGUGCUAGUGACAGCCAUACGAUGUACUUCUAUUGGCCAGUGCUAGUGACAGCCAUACGAUGUACUUCUAGUGGCCAGUGCUAGUGACAGACAUACAUUAUUUUCCAUGCUUCCUCACUGUACUGGGUCGCUAGGACAAGUCUUCUCUCAAUGAAACAAUAACAGACAGAUUGCAACAGGAAAAAACAUGGGAGCAUAAAUCCUCCCUCAUCUUCCCACCUUCCAAUCGUCCCUCAUCUUCAGCUUCCAAUCCUCCCUCAUCUCUAAGCUUCCAAUCCUCCCCAUCUUCGCUUCCCAAACCUCCCUCAACUCCCCAGCUUCCAAUCCCCCCUCAUUUUCAGCUUCCAAUCCUCCUCUAUUAAGCUUCCAAACCUCCUACUCUACAGUUUCCCAAAAAUUUCCCCCAUUUCUCACUUUCCCAAUCCUUCAUCUCGCUUCCAAACCUCCUCACCUCCAGCUUCCAAAACCCCCCUCACCCUCCCGCUCCAAACCUCCCUCUUUCUCUCGCUUCCAACCUCCUAUCUUCCAACCUUCCCAAUCCUCCCCCCAUCUUCGCUCCCAAACCUCCCUCAUUCUUAUUUCCAAACCUCCCCCAAACUUCGGCUUCCAAUUCCCCUCAUACUCAGCUUCCCAAACAUUCCCAUCUUCACUUUUCCCAAAUUUUCCCCAUCUCCCAGUACCAAACCCCCCCAUUUUAGCUUCCCAAAUUUUUUCAUCUUCAGCUUCCAAUUUUCCUCCUCAUCUCUUUUCCAAAAUUCCAAUCCUCCUCAUUUCAGCUUCCCAAACCUUUAUCUUCCCGCUUCCAACCCCCUCAUCUUUUAGCUUCCAAUCCUCCCCCCCCUCUCUACGCUUCCAAUCUCCCUCAUCUUCCAGCUUCAAUCCUUCCCUCUCUUCCGUUCCAAACCCCCUAUUUUCCCCCUUCCCAACCUCCCAUCUCUCCCUUCCCAACCCCCAAUCUUCAGGUUUCCAAAUCUUCCCCACCUCCAGCUUUCCCAAACCCCCUCAUCCCCCCGUCCAAAAACCCCCCCUCCCUUUUCCCGCUUCCCAAACCCCCCCAUUCCCCCCUACCAAAACCCCCCUCAUUCUCCCAGCUUCCAUCCUCCCUCAUCUUUCCCGUUCCAAUCCUCCCCAUUUCAUUUCCCCCUUCCUUUCCCUCUUUUCCAGCUCCAACCUCCCCCUUUUCCCCCCUUUUUAAACCUUCCUCAACCCCCAGCUUCCAUUUUCCCCCCCUCCCCCCCGUUUAACCCUCCCUUUAUCUCUCCAUUCCCAAACCUUCCUCUCUCCCCCGCUUCCAAUUUCCCCCCAUCUCCCCACUUCAAUCCCGCAUCCUCCAGCUUUUUAACCUCUGUCAUCUCUCCCUUUCAUCUUCCCCCCCCAUCCCCCCCCCACCCCAUCCUCCCCCUCUCCCCUUCCAAUCCUCCUCUCCCCUUCCGCUUUCCAAUCCUCCCUCCUUCAGCUUCCCAACCCCUUUUCUUCACUUUCCCCCCCCUUUCCCCCAAAAAACCCCCCCCGCUUCCAUUUCCUAUUUCCCUUCCCAAACCUCCCCUCAUCUUUCCCUUUUAACGUCCCCCCCUCUCCCCUUUUCCCAUUUUUUCCCCCCUCUCUUCCCCCUUUAAUCCUCCCCUCAUCCUUUCCCCUUCCCUCCCCCUCAUUUCCCUUUCCCAAACCUCCCUCAUUUUCACUUCCAUCCCCCCUUCUCCCGCUCCAAUUUUUCCCCAAAUUAUUAAAUUAAUUUAAAAUUUUCCCAUAAUUUCCCUUUUUUCCCAUCUUUUUUUAAACCCCCAUUAAUUUUCCCAAAUUUUAUUCCCCCCCUUUUUAUCCCCCAAAUUUCCCCACUUUAUCCCUUUUUUCCCCCCCCCCAGCUUUAAAACCCCCCUUCUCCCCAUACCCCCUUUUCCCCAAACUCCCCCUCCAUCCCCAUUCCCCCCCCUUCAUCCUCUCUCUCUCCCUUUCUUUCCCCCCUCAACUUUCCCCCCACCGAAUCCUCCCCCUCCUUUUCUCCAGCUUCCAAUCCUCCCUCACCUUUCCCCCCCCUUUCCCAAACCUCCUCCCUUCACUUCCAAAUUUUCCCCAUCCUCCACUUUUCCCAAACUUCCCAUCUUUCCCCUUUUCCAACCUCCCCAUUUCCCCUUUUCCAAUUCCCCCCCCCCCCAGCUUCCCCAAACCUCCCCCUUUUUUCCGCUUUUUAAACCUCCCCUCUCUCCCCUUCCCCCCUUUUCCUCAUCUCCCCGCCCAAUCCUUCCCUCUCUCUCCACUUCCCCCCCCAUCUUCAGCUUCCAACCUUCCUCACACCCCCCCCGCUUUCCAAUCUUCCCCCAUAUUUUAGCUUCCAAACCCCCCCCUCUCUCCCGCUCCAUCCCCCCUAUUUUCACUUCCAAACCUCCCCCUCUCUCCCGCUUCCCUCCCCCCCUCCCCUCUCCCUUCCCCCUUUUCCCAAACCUCCCCUCACCCCCACUUCCAAACCCCCUCAUUUUCCCGCUUCCCCUCCCUUUCCCCAAAACUCUCCAGCACCAAUCCCCCUCAACCCCUUUACUUCAACUUCAAUCCUUCCUCUCACUCCCCCGCUUUCCCAAUUUUUCCCCCAUCUCUCUUCCACUUCCAAUCCUCCCUCAUCUCUCCGCUUCCAACCCUUUCCCCCCCCAGCUUCCAAUCCCCCCCCAUCUCCCCACUUCUAAUCCUCUGUCCCUUUUUCUCCAGCUUUCAAUCCCCUUCCUCUCUCCCGUUUUCCUCCUUUCCCCUCCCCGCCCCCCCCCUUUUUCCCCUCCCCUUCCCCCCCCCCUCCCUCUCUCUCCAGCUUCCAAUCCUCCCUCAUCUUCAGCUUCCAAUCCUCCUUCAUCUUCAGCUUCCAAUCCUUCCUCAUCACUCCAGCUUCCAAUCUUCCCUCAUCUCUCCAGCUUCCAAUCCUCCCCCAAAUUUUACUUUUCCAAUCUCCCUCAUCCUCCACUUCCAAACCUCCUAUCGCUCCCUCUUCCAAUCCUCCCCCUCAUCUCUCCACUUUCCAAACCCCCUCAUCCUCCCGCUUCCAAUCCUCCCUCUUUUCAGCUUUCCAAUCCUUCCCUCCUCACCCAAAACCCAAACCUCCCUCAACUUCUAACUUUCCUUUUCCCAACCCUUUCCCCUCCCCCCCGCUUCCAAUUUUUCCCCCUCCUUCCAGCUUCCAAUCCCCCCUCAUUUUCCCUUCCAUUUUUUUCCCCCCUCCCCCAGCUUCCCUUUUCCCCCAUCUUCCCCCCUUCCAAUCCUUUUCAUCUCUCCACUUUCAAUCCUCCCCAUCUCCCCCCCACUCCCCCUCUUCCUCAUUCCCCCCUUCCAAACCCCUCCUCACUCCCCCCUUCCCAAACCCUGUCCCUCCCAUUCAAAUCCCCCCCUCCCCCUCCCCGCUCCACCCCCUCACCUCCCUUCCAAUCCUCCCUCAUUUCCCCCUUUUCCAAACCUCCCCCCCCUUCGCUUCCCAACCUUUCCCUCACUCCCUUCCAAACCCCCCUCUCUCCCUUCCAAUCCCCCCUCCCAGCUUCCAACCUCCCCAUUUCCCCCAGCUUCCAAACCUCCUAAUUUUUUUCCACUUCCAAACCUUCCCCCUCCCUCCACUUUCCAAUUUUCCCCCCAACUUCCUUUAAUCUUUUCCCCCCUCCCCACUUCCAAUUCCUCCUCUUUAGCUUUCAAACCCUUCCCCCCAUCCCCCCCACUUUCCAAACUCCCCCCCUCUUUCCAGCUUUCCAAACCCCCUCACCCCGCUUCCAAUCCCCCCCAUCUUCACUUCCAAAACCCCCCCUCUCUCCCCCCUUCCCCAAAUUCCCCCCUCAUCUCUCCCCCUUCCAAACCUCCCUCUCCCCCAGCUCCUCCUCCCCCUCUUUUCCGCUUCCAAACCUUCUCAUCUCCCCCAGCCCCCCCUCCUCCCCUCCCCCCUCCCCCACUUCCAAUCCUCCCCCCAUUUUCAUCCAACUUCCCUCUCCGUUCCAAUCUCAAUUUCCCCCCUCAACUUCCAAACUUUCCCCCAUCUCAGCUUUCCAAAUUUCCUCCCUCCCCCCUCUCCCCUUCCAAUCCUCCCUCCCCUCCGCUUCCAAUCCCCCCCAUUAGCUUUCCAAACCUUUCCCCAUCUCCCCACUUCCAACCCCCCCUUUUUCCCCCACUUCCCCCCUCCCUCCCCCCCCAGCUUCCAAACCUCCCUCAUCCCCCGCUUUAAUCCUUCAUCUCUCCAGCUUCAAACCUCCCUCAUUUUCAGCCCAAUCCUUCCUCACUUCCCGCUCCAACCUCCCUCAAAAAUUUUUCUUCAAAUUUUUUCCUUUCCUCUCAUCCCUCCCUUUUUCCCUCUCUCUUUCCCGUUCCAUCUUUCCCCCAUUCCCCGCCCAAACCCCCCCUCAUCCCCACUUCCAAUCCCCCCCAUUCUCCCCCGCUUCCAAUCCUCCCCCAUCUUCCUUCCAAUCCUCCUUUUCUUCAGCUUUUCCAAACCUUCCCAACCUUUCCCCUUUCCAUUUUCCCCUCUCCCAGCUUCCCAAACCUCCCCCACUCACUCCUCUCCCUCAUCUUCCCCUUCCAACCUCCUCAUCUCCCCCAUCUCAUUUCCUUCCCCCUCCUCCCCUCCCCCUCCCCUCACCUCCCUUUCCCAAACCUCCCAUUUUCACUUCCAUCCUUUUCCCCCUUUCUCCAGCUCCAAUUUUUCCCCCCCCCACUUCAACUUUCCUUUUCCCUCCUUUUCCCUCCUCCCCUUUCCAAUUUUCCCUCAUCUUCCCCUUUCCCAAACCUCCCCCACUCUCCACUUUCCCAAACCCUUCCUCAUCUCCCCCCUUCCUCCUCCUCUCUCCCCGCUUCAAACCCUUAUCCCCUCCACUUUUCCCCAAACCUCCCUCAUUCCCCCCUCCAAUCCCCUCUCUCCCCCCUUCCAAUCCUCCCUCUCCCCAGCCAAUCCUCUUUAUCUCCCACCAAAAUCCUCCCCCAUCUCCCCGCUCCAAACCUCCCAUCUCUCCCUCCAACCCCCAUCCUCCCUCAUCUUCCACUUUCCAAACCUCCCUCCCAAACCUUACCCAUUUUAUAAAACCCCCUUCCUUAUUUCCAAAUUUCCCCCUUCCCCCUUUUAACCCCCCUACCAGUUAAACCCCCUCAAUCCCUUAAUUUAAUUUUCCCCCCAAAACCUCCCUUAUUUUCCCCCCCCCCGCAAAUUCCCACUUCCAAUUUCCUCACCCCGUUAAUUUUCCUUUCCCCAAAAAUUUUCCCCCAAUCCAUUUAACUUUCCCCCUUUUUAAAUUUUUUCCCCAUUUACAUUUAACCUCCCCAUUUUAGCCUCCCCCAAUCCUCACCCCCCAAACCCCUCAUCUUUCCCCCCUUCCCCUUUUUCCCCCUUAAAACCCCCUUUUUUUUGUUUUUUCCCCCCCUUUUUUUUUGGGGUUUUUUUUUCCCCCUUUUCCCUUUCCAAAAUUCCCACCCCUAAAAUUUUUUCCCCUUCUCCCCCCCUUGUUCCAAUCUCCCUUUUCUAAUUUUCCCUUUCCCUUUUUCGUUCAACCCUAUCCCUAGCUUUUAACCCCCUCUUUUACUUUAAAUUUUCCCCUUUUUAUUCUCCCCCCCUUUUACUUUAAUUUUUCCCCCACCCCCCCCAUCCCCCCCCCCUUACUAAUCCUCCCCAUUCCCCCGUUUUAAUCCUCCCUCAUCUCCCCAGCUUCCAAUCCUCCCUCAUCUCCCCAGCUUCCAAUCCUCCCUCAUCUCUCCAGCUUCCAAUCCUCCCUCAUCUCUCCAGCUUCCAAUCCUCCCUCAUCACUCCAGCUUCCAAUUUCACUGAAACAGAUUUGACCCAGAGAUAAGAUAGAUAAAGACUGUGUCCUAAAUGGUACCCUAUUCCCUACAUAGUGCACUGCUUUUGAACAGGGCCCAUAGGGAAACCCAUAGGGAUCCGGUCAAAAAUAUUCCACUAUAUAGGGGAUAGGUUACCAUUUGGGACGCAGGCAAGAACCUCUAUGAGGGAAAAGUAAACAGACCCGAUGACUGAGGAGAACGUUGUCACUGCCAAGGUAAAGGUAAACUCACCACCUGGAAUAGAAUAUAGUAAAGGUAACCUCACCAGAAAGAACGGGUGGCAGGUAGCCUAGAGGUUAACAGUGUUGGGCCAGUUGCCGAAAGUUUGAUGGUUUGAAUCCCCGAGUCGACUAGGUGGAAAAAUCUGUCGAUAAGAAUGUCAGCUCUGCUUAUCAGACAGAGAGUCAUCAGGCCACUGAAAACACAUAUGACGGCAACCCUCAGAACUAACUAACUAACGGGUCGGGUGAAACACUAGUUACCGAUUGUGUGUGUGUGUGUGUGUGUGUGUGUGUGCGUGUGUGUGUGUGUGUGUGUGUGUGUGUGUGUGGUGUGUGUGUGUGUGUGUGUGUGUGUCCUCCUUGUCUCUCCUGAUAGUGAUCUAGUGACUGCCCUGUGUAAUUGGUCUAUACCUAAUGACUAACUAUGGUGGUUCCCCAGUCGUACUAAGAUCCUCUAAGUCAGUGGUUCUCAACUUUCUCUGGUUACUGAUCCCCUAAUCACAUUUAGCUCUGUCUGAUGUUUCCCCUCGUGUGACUGAUCAUUAGGCCUUUGUUCCUAUUUGUUAUGAGUCUUCCCUGGUGGGAUAACCCCCGUGGUGGAUACUAAAGUCUUCCCUAGUGGGAUAACCCCCGUGGUGGAUACUAAAGUCUUCCCUAGUGUGAUAACCCCCGUGGUGGAUACUAAAGUCUUCCCUAGUGGGAUAACCCCUGUGGUGGAUACUAAAGUCUUCCCUAGUGGGAUAACCCCUGUGGUGGAUACUAAAGUCUUCCCUAGUGGGAUAACCCCCGUGGUGGAUACUAAAGUCUUCCCUAGUGGGAUAACCCCUGUGGUGGAAACUAAAGUCUUCCCUAGUGGGAUAACCCCUGUGGUGGAUACUAAAGUUUCCCUAGUGGAUAACCCCGUUGUGGAAACUAAAGUCUUCCCUAUGGGGAUAACCCCUGUGGUGAGAUACUAAGUCUUCCAUAGUGGGAUAACCCCUGUGCGGUGCGGUGGAUACUAAAGUCUUCCUAGUGGGGAGAACCCCGGUGGUGGAUAUUAAAGAUCCAUAGUGGGAUAACCCACGUGGUGGAUUACUAAAGUCUUCCCUAGUGGGAUAACCCCGUGGGGAUACUAAAGUCUUCCUAGUUGGAUAACCCCCGUGGUGGAUACUAAAGUCUUCCCUAGUGGAUAACCCCUGUGGUGGAUAAUAAAGUCUUCCCUUAGUGGGAUAACCCCUGUGGUGGAUACUUAAAGUCUUACCUUAGUGGGAACCACUCUGGUGUAUACUAAGUCUUCCCUAGUGGGAUCACCCCUGUGGUGGAUACUAAUACACCAGGUGUGUUGAACUACUGAUUUUGUCCUGCGGCGGUGUAGGGAGAGAGAGGAAGAGAGAGAGCCAGACAGGACAGACAGACAGACAGACAGACAGACAGGAACAGACAGGACAGACAGACAGACAGACAGGACAGGACAGGACAGACCAGACCAGACAGACAGAACAGGAACAGGACAGACAGAGGCCAAGGAUUUGCCAGGAACAGAUAUACAGCAUCCAAACGAGGGAGAGCGAGCGGCGGGGGGGGGGGAUCAUGCAGGCACAACGCGAGCGCCUUUAGGAUAUAUAUAAUAUAAUAUAAUAUAAUAUAUAUAUAUAUAGAUAUAUAUAUGAUAUAUAUAUCUAGUUUUGUCUAUAAAUAUAUAGAUAUCACUACGAUAGCGAUGAGAUCUAGAUAGAUAGCGAGAGCUCGCGAGGAGAGAUGAGCGCUGCGAUGUAGAACAUCUCUCUCGCCUCUCUCGCUAUCUCGCUCUCUGCUUCUUCUCGCUCUCACAGAGUGUUAAUGUUUGACUGAUUAAAAAUCUGCCGAUUACCUGUUUAGAAAGCUGGGUUUUGGACCUAUCAGGGCAGUAACAAUGAAGAUCAGCCGUCCCUUGAUAUCAAUGCUUAGGAUCCCACUACACUAGACUGUAGUCCUGGAGGGCUCCACUGGUGUAUUGAUCCCACUAGACUGAGUCAGGAGGUGGCAUAUACUGUGUUGUAUUGAUCCCACUAGCAAGGUGGUCAUGGAGGGCUCCACGUGUAUUGAUCCCCACUACACUAGACUGUAGUCCUGGAGGGCUCACUGUGUAUUGAUCCACUGACGUAGUCCUGGAGGGCUCCACUGUGUUGUAUGAUCCCACUAGGACUUGUGUCCUGGAGGGCUCCACUGGUAUUGAUGCCCACUAGACUAGAUGUAGUCCUGGGAGGGCUGCAUGGUUGUAUUGAUCCCACUAGAAUGUUAGUCCUGGAGGGGAUCCACUGUGGAUGGAAUCCACUAACUAGACUGUUAGUCCUGGAGGGCCUCCAUGUGUAUUGAUCCCACUCACUUGUGUCCUGGAGGGCUUCACUGUGUAUUGAUCCACUACACUAGGACUGUAGUCCUGGAGGUCCACUGUUGUAUUGACCCACUACACCUAGACGGUAGUCCUGGAGGCUCCUCCACGGUGUAUUGAUCCCACUAGACUGUAGUCCUGGAGGUACACUGUAUGUAUUGAUCCACCUAGACUGUAGUCCUGGAGGGCUCCACUGUGUAUUGAUCCCACUAGACUGUAGUCCUGGAGGGCUCCACUGUGUAUUGAUCCCACUAGACUGUAGUCCUGGAGGGCUCCACUGUGUAUUGAUCCCACUAGACUAGGACUGUUGUCCUGGAGGGCUCCACUGUGUAUUGAUCCCACUAGACUGUAGUCCUGGAGGGCUCCACUGUGUAUUGAUCCCACUACACUAGACUGUAGUCCUGGAGGGCUCCACUGUGUAUUGAUCCCACUAGACUGUAGUCCUGGAGGGCUCCACUGUGUAUUGAUCCCACUAGACUGUAGUCCGGAGGGGCUCCACGUGGGAUUGAUCCCAAUGACUAGACUGUAGUCCUGGAGGGCUCCACGUGUAUUGAUCCCACUAGACUGUAGUCCUGGAGGGCUCCACUGUGUAUUGAUCCCACUACACUAGACUGUAGUCCUGGAGGGCUCCACUGUGUAUUGAUCCCACUAGACUGUAGUCCUGGAGGGCUCCACUGUGUAUUGAUCUCACUUGACUGUAGUCAUGGGUGCUCCACUGUGUAUUGAUACCCACUAGACUGUAGUCCUGGAGGGCUCCACUGUGUAUUGAUCCCACUAGACUGUAGUCCUGGAGGGCUCCACUGUGUAUUGAUCCCACUAGACUGUAGUCCUGGAGGGCUCCACUGUGUAUUGAUCCCACUAGACUGUAGUCCUGGAGGGCUCCACUGUGUAUUGAUCCCACUAGACUGUAGUCCUGGAGGGCUCCACUGUGUAUUGAUCCCAUAGGACUGUAGCCUGGAGGGCUCCAACUGUGUAUUUAUCCCACUUAGAAUGUAGUCCUGGAGGGCUCCCCUGUGUAUUUAUCCCACUAGGAUGUAGUCCUGGAGGGAUCCAUGUGUAUUGAUCCCACUAGAUGUGUCCUGGAGGGCCCACUGUGUAUUUAUCCACUAGACUGUAGUCCUGGAGGGCUCCACUGUGUAUUGAUCCCACUAGACUGUAGUCUGGAGGGCUCCACUGCGUAUUGUUACAGUAUUUGAGUUUAUCAUUCUUGCCUUUUACCCAGAGACCAGUGUAACAAGGUGUGUAGACUCUCUCAUUAAACAUUAUUUGAUGGAAUUGAUCAGUGAAGUGCCUCGAAGAGAGAUGAAAACCCAUCAGGACGGAGUCAUUCUAAUUCGAUAGUCCUCUAGCCUGUGUAGGUACACUAUACACUAUUGUGUAUAGAGAUGACAUCACGGUAGUGUUGGUUCAACAGAUGGAGAUAAUGGAGGACGCCUUGGUCAUAGGGAGACCCAUUUAGAACCACACAUCCAUGUGUCAAUCUAACCAGAACAUGCCUCUUUAACGUGCCUCUUUAACAUGCUAACCCUUAAAGGUGUCAGCAUGAUUCAGUUCGGCUGGCACCUGGUUGAACUCAGCUAGCUGAACCGAACGAGUGUGCUCCCAUGUUUGUGUGUGUGAGAGAGAGAAAGAGAAACUGCUAAAAUGCUAAUAUGUUACAUUCUAUUCAUAUUCCACAGGCUUCCUGAAAAGAUGACCUUGUGUUGGCUAGACUAGACUUAAUAGACAAUAAGAGGAACGCCUAAAAGGCUUGAAACUCAGACAAACAACACUCAUCAUGGGACAUUACCAAGAGAGUUUUCAUAUAUAUAUUUUUCAUAGCUGUCUAUUUACCACCGCAAACCGAUGCUGACACCAAGACCACACUCAAAGAGCUGUAUAAGGCCAUAAGCAAACAGGAAAACGCUCAUUCAGAAGUGGCGCCCCUAGUGGCAGGUGAAUGGGAAACUGAAAUCCGUUUGACCUCAUUUUUACCAGCAUGUCACCUGUGCAACAUGAGGUGAAAAACUCUAGAUCACCUUUACUCCACACACAGAAACAUUGACGAGUUCACCACAUCAGUCAAAGGCUUCAUUAACAAGUGCAUCGAUGAGGUCGUCCCCACAGCAACCUACGUACAUACCUCAACCAGAAGCCAUGGAUUACAGGCAACAUCCGCACUGAGCUAAAGGCUAGAGCUGCCGCUUUCAAGGAGUGGGACACUAAUUUGGACGCUUAUAAUAAAUCCCUCUACGACUACCAACGAGCCAUCAAACCUGAAAAGUGUCGAUACAGGACUAAGAUCGAAUCCUACUACGCCGGUUCUGACGCUCAACGGAUGUGGCAGGGCUUGCAAACUAUCGCGGAUUACAAAGGGAAACCCAGCCUCGAGCUGCCCAGCAACGGGAGCCUACCAGAAGAGCUAAAUUCCUUCUAUGCUCGCUUCGAGGCAAGCAACACUGAACUAUGCAUGAGAGCACCAGCUGUUCCCGAUGAUUGUGUGAUCUCGCUCUCCGUAGCCGAUGUGAGUAAGACCUUGAAACAGGUUAACAUUCGCAGGGGGCCAGAUGGAAUACCAGGACGCAUGCGCUGACUAGCUGGCAAGUGUCUUCACUGAUAUUUGUAACCUAUCCUUGACACGGUCUGUAAUACCUACAUGUUUCAAGCAGACCACAAUAGUCCCCUUUGCCCAAUAACGCCAAGGUAACCUGCCUAAAUGACUAUCGCCCCAUAGCACUCACAUCUUUAGCCAUGUAUAGCCACAUCUAUAUCCAUUCUGGUUAUAACUGAAUCUUGGCUGAAGAAGUCAAUGCCGAACUUUGAUGUAUCUGACUGGUUAUAAUGUUUUUAGAUCUGAUAGAGUCGGCAGAGGAGGGGGUGUUUAUAUACAUAAAGAGCAACUUAAAUGUUUAUGUAUCCAUCACCACCUCUGUCUCUAAGCAAUUUGAAUGUAGUCCUAAAUGUGGGACUUGGCAGUAAUGCCCAUCUGACGCUAGUGGGAAUCUAUAGCCCUCCCUAGGCCUCCAUGUGUGCUCUUAGCAAAUUGUCUGACCUACUGUCUAACUACAGUGAGGGAAAAAAGUAUUUGAUCCCCUGCUGAUUUUGUACAUUUGCCCACUGACAAAGACUAUAAUUUUAAUGGUAGGUUUAUUUGAACAGUGAGAGACAGAAUAACAACAAAAGAAUCCAGAAAAACGCAUGUCAAAAAUGUUAUAAAUUGAUUUGCAUUUUAAUGAGGGAAAUAAGUAUUUGACCCCCUCUCAAUCAGAAAGAUUUCUGGCUCCCAGGUGUCUUUUAUACAGGUAACGAGCUGAGAUUAGGAGCACACUCUUAAAGGGAGUGCUCCUAAUCUCAGUUUGUUACCUGUAUAAAAGACACCUGUCCACAGAAGCAAUCAAUCAAUCAGAUUCCAAACUCUCCACCAUGGCCAAGACCAAAGAGCUCUCCAAGGAUGUCAGGGACAAGAUUGUAGACCUGCACAAGGCUGGAAUGGGCAACAAGACCAUCGCCAAGCAGCUUGGUGAGAAGGUGACAACAGUUGGUGCGAUUAUUCGCAAAUGGAAAAAACACAAAAUAACUGUCAAUCUCCCUCGGCCUGGGGCUCCAUGCAAGAUCUCACCUCGUGGAGUUGCAAUGAUCAUGAGAACGGUGAGGAAUCAGCCCAGAACUACACGGGAGGAUCUUGUCAAUGAUCUCAAGGCAGCUGGGACCAUAGUCACCAAGAAAACAAUUGGUAACACACUACGCCGUGAAGGACUGAAAUCCUGCAGCGCCCGCAAGGUCCCCCUGCUCAAGAAAGCACAUAUACAGGGCCGUCUGAAGUUUGCCAAUGAACAUCUGAAUGAUUCAGAGGAGAACUGGGUGAAAGUGUUGUAGUCAGAUGAGAGUAAAAUCGAUCUCUUUGGCAUCAACUCAACUCGCCGUGUUUGGAGGAGGAGGAAUGCUGCCUAUGACCCCAAGAACAUCAUCCCCACCGUCAAACAUGGAGGUGGAAACAUUAUGCUUUGGGGGUGUUUUUCUGCUAAGGGGACAGGACAACUUCACCGCAUCAAAGGGAUGAUGGACGGGGCCAUGUACCGUGAAAUCUUGGAUAAGAACCUCCUUCCCUCAGCCAGGGCAUUGAAAAUGGGUCGUGGAUGGGUUUUCCAGCAUGACAAUGACCCAAAACACACGGCCAAGGCAACAAAGGAGUGGCUCAAGAAGAAGAACAUUAAGGUCCUGGAGUGGCCUAGCCAGUCUCCAGACCUUAAUCCCAUAGAAAAUCUGUGGAGGGAGCUGAAGGUUCGAGUUGCCAAACGUCAGCCUCGAAACCUUAAUGACUUGGAGAAGAUCUGCAAAGAGGAGGGGAACAAAAUCCCUCCUGAGAUGUGUGCAAACCUGGUGGCCAACUACAAGAAACGUCUGACCUCUGUGAUUGCCAACAAGGGUUUUCACACCAAGUACUAAGUCAUGUUUUGCAGAGGGGUCAAAUACUUAUUUCCCUCAUUAAAAUGCAAAUCAAUUUAUAACAUUUUUGCCAUGUGUUUUUCUGGAUUUUUUGUUGUUGUUAUUCUGUCUCUCACUGUUCAAAUAAACCUACCAUUAAAAUUACAGACUGAUCAUGUCUUUGUCAGUGGGCAAACAUACAAAAUCAGCAGGGGAUCAAAUACUUUUUUCCCUCACUGUAUGCUCAAUCUGAAUUACUGAUAGUGGGUGAUCUUAAUCUAGAUUGGUUGAUGCCAGUAUCUGAUGGGUUGAAAGACAUUUGUACUGAGCUCAAUCUAAUUCAGCUGAUAACCAAACCAACUCGCCCCAACUUUAAACACUGUGAAAAAUCUACUCUAUUCGAUAUUAUUCUAACUAAUGCCCCUCAUAAAUGUACAGCCAAUGGGAUAUUUGCCAAUGAGUUCAGUGAACAUUGUCCCGUUGCCUGUAUAAGUGAUGUUAAACUACCUAAAUCUCGCUUAACGCAUUAUUACAAAGAGACAUUUUAGGAAUUUUAAUUAGGUGAUUUGGGGGUUGUGUCAACUAUCACUGACUCGGAUCAGGCCCUUAAUUGCUUUAUUUCCCGGUUUAACUCUGUUGCUGUCAUGCCCUGAUUUAUGGGACUCUUGUAUGUUGAUUCAGGGUGUGGAGAUCUAUGUUAGUAUUUCUAUGUUUACAUUCUAGGUAUUGUGUUUCUAUGUUUGGCCGGGUGUGAUUCCCAAUCAGAGGCAGCUGUCGCUCGUUGUCUCUGAUUGGGGAUCAUACUUAAGUAGCCUAUUUUGCAAUCAUUAGUUGUGGGAUCUUGUUCCAUGUAUAGGCUUGUAUUGUGUUUAGCCUGAGGACUUCACGUUACGUUGGUUUGUUGUUUUGUUCGUGUGUUUAUUUUGAAUAAUAAACAUGUAUGCAUUUCACGCUGCGCCUUGGUCUGACCCGUCCUUCAACGUCCGUGACAGAAGAUCCAACCAAACACGGACCAAGCAGCGUGCCCAGGAGCAAACACCCUGGACACAGGUGGGGAAGAUUUGGUCUUGGGAGGAGAUAUUUGCGGGGAAAGGACCAUGGGCAAAGGUAGAUGCCCAGGCAAGAGAGGAGCAACCGCAACACAGAAGGCGCCGGCCGAGGAGGAAACCCGAGAGGCAGCCCCAAUAAAAAAAAUUGGGGGGGCUAAAGGGGUGGUCGGGGAGCGAGAGAGAAGAGCCCCGACCACUGCACCCAGUGGGUUUCCAGGUUGAGUCCCUACGACCAUGGGAACAAUAGUGGGAACAGUUUUAUACUGAGGAGUCGGAGGAUGACGACGACGAUGAGUUUCUGUUCCCUAACUCGUGGGGGCUCCCGAAGGAGUCCUCACUGGAGGAGGAUUGCCGAGAGAGAGAGAAGGAUCGGAUCUGCAGGGUAAGAGAGGAGGCCACCACAUUACAGGGUCUGAUAGCGAGAAUAGAGCGGGAGAGCUCCAUUCAAGAGGAGGCACUGCCGGAGGCUCGUAGGGAGAAGGAGGAAGUAGAUGCACGGAGAGAGGAGCUGGUCAGGCAACGUAAGGAGCGUGGGUUAGUUGAGGAGCCCAUGUAUGCGGAGAUACGCACUGUAUCGCCAGUGCGCAUGCACAGCACAGUGCGUUCUGUGUCAGCGCCCCGUACGUGCCGUGCGAAAGUGGGCAUCCAGCCAGGACGGGUUGUGCCAGCUGUACACUCCAGACCUCCAGUACGCCUCCAAGGUCCAGUAUAUCCUGCUCCGAUUCUACGCACUAUGUCACCAGUGCACCUCACCAGUCCUGUACGCCCCGUACCUGCUCCCCGCACCAAGCCAGUGGUGUGUGUCUCCAGUCCGGCCCGGCCCGUUCCUGCUCCUCGCACCAUACCAGUGGUGCGUGUUCCCAGUCCAGUACGGCCCGUCCCUGCUCCUCGCACCAAACCAGUGGUGCGUGUCGCCAGCCCGGUACGCCCCGAACCUGCUCCCCGCACCAAGCCAGUGGUGUGUGUCCCCAGUCCGGCCCGGCCCAUUCCUGUUCCUCGCACCAAGCCAGUGGUGCGUGUUCCCAGUCCGGCCCGGCCCGUUCCUGCUCCCCGCACCAAGCCAGUGGUGUGUCCCCUGUCCGGCCCGGCCCGUUCCUGCUCCUCGCACCAGACCAGUGGUGCGUGUUCCCAGUCCUGCCCGGCCCGUUCCUGUUCCUCGCACCAAGCCAGUGGUGCGUGUUCCCAGUCCGGCCCGGCCCGUUCCUGCUCCUCGCACCAAGCCAGUGGUGCGUGUUCCUAGUCCGGUCCGGCCCGUGCCUGCUCCUCGCACCAGACCAGUUGUGAGUGUGUCCAGUCCGCUCCACCGGUCGGUUGCUCAGGUUUGUGCGGUCGGAGUCCGCACCUUUGGGAAGGGGGGUACUGUCACGCCCUGACUUAUGGAACUCUUGUAUGUUGAGUCAGGGUGUGGAGAUCUAUGUUAGUAUUUCUAUGUUUACAUUCUAGGUAUUAUGUUUCUCUGUUUGGCCGGGUGUGAUUCCCAAUCAGAGGCAGCUGUCGCUCGUUGUCUCUGAUUGGGGAUCAUACUUAAGUAGCCUGUCUGCAAUCAUUAGUUGUGGGAUCUUGUUCCGAGUAUAGGCUUGUAUUGUGUUUAGCCUGAGGACUUCACGUUACGUUGGUUUGUUGUUUUGUUCGUGUGUUUAUUUUGAAUAAUAAACAUGUAUGCAUUUCACGCUGCGCCUUGGUCUGACCCGUCCUUCGACGUUCGUGACAGUUGCAGAUAAACAUGCGCCGUACAAAAUACUAAGGGUAAAAGACCGAUGUAAUCCUUGGUUUAUGCAUGAAUUGUCUGAGAAAUUACAGGAAAUAAACUGAGUUUAGGCUAAGGCUAGGUGGACUGAUUCUACGUCUGAUUGGCUGUCCUUCAGACAUCAGAGAAAUAGAUGUCUAUACCUGGUUAAAAAAGAUACAUAUUUCUUGAAUUGUGUAUCGGAGAGUGGUGGUAAUCCAUCCAAUUUAUGGAAAGUGGUCAAAGCUUUGAAACAAAACUCCACCCCCUCAUUACACCAGCAGGUUUUGACAGCCUCUGGUCCCAUUCUAGACUAUGCUUAUUAUAACCGUGUUGCUUCAGCUGGCCACCUGUGUUGUACCCACACGCGGGACUCUACCCACACACUGGACUCUACCCACACGCGGGACUCUACCCACACACUGGACUCUACCCACACACUGGACUCUACCCACACACUGGACUCUACCACACACUGGACCUACCCACACACUGGCUCUACCCACACCGGACCUACCCACACUGGACUCUACCCACCACUGGACUCUACCACACAGUGGACUCUACCCACACACUGGACUCUACCCACACACUGGACUCUACCCACACACUGGACUCUACCACACACUGGACUCUACCCACACACUGGACUCUACCCACACACAUGGACUCUACCCACACACUGGACUCUACCCACACACUGGACUCUACCCACACACUGGACUCUACCCACACACUGGACUCUACCCACACACUGGACUCUACCCACACACUGGACUCUACCACACACUGGACUCUACCCACACCUGGACUCUACCCACACCACUGGACUCUACCCACACACUGGACUCUACCCACACACUGGACCUACCCACACACGGACUCUACCCACACACUGGACUCUACCCACACACUGGACUCUACCCCACACUGGACUCUACCCACACACUGGACUCUACCCACACACUGGACUCUACCCACACACUGGACUCUACCACCACACACUGGACUCUACCCACCACUGGACUCUACCCACACACUGGACUCUACCCACACACUGGACUCUACCCAACACACUGGACUCUACCCACCCACUGGACUCUACCCACACACCACUGGACUCUACCCACACCACUGGACUCUACCCACACACUGGACUCUACCCACACACUGGACUCUACCACACACACUGGACUCUACCUCCACACUGGACUCUACCCACACACUGGACUCGUACCACACACCACUGACUUACCAACACUGGACUUACCCCACACUGGACUCCUAUCCCACCAUGGCUCUACCCACACACUGGUACUUCGUAUAAACCAUGGUACUCUACCACCUGGACUCUCCCAUGAUCUACCCAACAGUGUACUCUACCUGACACCUGGACUCUAACCAUGGAUCUACCCGGUACUUCCUGGAUAUUAGCCAUUAUUACUGGUACUCGUACAGCACAUGGUUAUCACCUGGUACUUCCUAUAAGCCAUGGUACUUACCGCUACUCCUGACUUACCCAUUAUACCUGGACUCCCGAAGCCAUGUUACUACACUGGUACUCCCAUGUGACUUACCACGACUACUGGUACUCCCUGAUAUAGCCCAUUAUUACCUGGUACUCCUUACAAGCCAUGAUUACCAACUGGACUCUCCCUGUAUAUAGCCAUGGAUUACCCUGGUACUCUACCUUAUAUACCACCGUAUUACCUGGUACCCUGAUAUAGCUCAGUUAUACUGGUACUCCCUGUAUAACCAUGUUAUUACCUGGUACUCCUGUAUAUAGCCAUGUUAUUACCUGGUACUUCCCUGUAUAUAACCAUGUUAUUACCUGGUACUCUCUGUAUAUAACCAUGUUAUUACCUGGUAAUCCUGUAUAUAGCCAUGUUAUUACCUGGUACUCCCUGUAUAUACCAUGUUAUUACCUGGUAUCCCUGUAUAUAGCCAUGUUAUAUGGUACUUCCUGUAUAUAACCAUGUUAUUACCUGGUACUCCCUGUAUAUACCAUGUUAUUACCUGGUACUCCCUGUAUAUAGCCAUGUUAUUACCUGGUACUCUCGUAUAUAGCCAUGUUAUUACCUGGUACUCCUGUAUAUAGCCAUGUUAUUACUGGUACUCCCUGUAUAUAAACAUGUUAUUACCUGGUACUCACUGUAUAUAAACAUGUUAUUACCUGGUACUUCCUGUAUAUAAACAUGUUAUUACCUGGUACUUCCUGUAUAUAAACAUGUUAUUACCUGGUACUUCCUGUAUAUAGACCAUGUUAUUACCUGGUACUUCCUGUAUAUAGACAUGUUAUUACCUGUACUCCCUGUAUAUACCAUGUUAUUACCUGGUACUUCCUGUAUAUAACCAUGUUAUUACCUGGUACUCCCUGUAUAUAACAUGUUAUUACCUGGUACUCCCUGUAUAUACCAUGUUAUUACCUGGUACUCCCUGUAUAUAGCCAUGUUAUUACCUGGUACUCCUGUAUAUAGCCAUGUUAUUACCUGGUACUCCUGUAUAUAAGCCAUGUUAUUACCUGGUACUCCCUGUAUAUAGCCAUGUUAUUACCUGGUACUCCCUGUAUAUAACCAUGUUAUUACCUGGUACUCCCUGUAUAUAGACAUGUUAUUACCUGGUAAUCCCUGUAUAUAGCCAUGUUAUGGUACUCCCUGUAUAUAGACAUGUUAUUACCUGGUACUUCCUGUAUAUAGACAUGUUAUUACCUGGUACUCCCUGUAUAUAGCCAUGUUAUUACCUGGUACUCCCUGUAUAUAACCAUGUUAUUACCUGGUACUCCCUGUAUAUAACCAUGUUAUUACCUGGUAAUCCCUGUAUAUAGCCAUGUUAUGGUACUCCCUGUAUAUAGCCAUGUUAUUAUCUGGUACUCCCUGUAUAUAGCCAUGUUAUUACCUGGUACUCCCUGUAUAUAGCAAUGUUAUUACCUGGUACUCCCUGUAUAUAGACAUGUUAUUACCUGGUACUUCCUGUAUAUAGACAUGUUAUUACCUGGUACUCCCUGUAUAUAGCCAUGUUAUUACCUGGUACUCUCUGUAUAUAACCAUGUUAUUACCUGGUAAUCCCUGUAUAUAGCCAUGUUAUUACCUGGUACUCCCUGUAUAUAGCCAUGUUAUUACCUGGUACUCCCUGUAUAUAGCCAUGUUAUUACCUGGUACUCCCUGUAUAUAGCCAUGUUAUUACCUGGUACUCCCUGUAUAUAACCAUGUUAUUACCUGGUAAUCCCUGUAUAUAGCCAUAUUAUUAUGAUGACUCAUUAUCGUUAUUGGUUAUUCACUGUGUAUUUAUUCCUUGUGUCACUAUUUUCGUAUUUUAUUUUUCUAUCUUCAUCUUUAACUCUGCGUUGUUGGAAAAGGAUCCGUAAGAAGGCGUUUCACUGUUAGUCUGCAACUGUUGUUUACAAAGCAUGUGACAAAUACAUUUUGACUUGACAUUGACUGCAUCCUAACUGGUACCCUAUUCCUUAUACGACCUCGUCAAAAGUAGUGCACUAUGUAGGGAAUAGGGUUUCCCCAUUUGGGACGACAUUUUUUUUAGACAUUGUCAGUGUUCCACAUCACAAAGAACAAAUCAUGUGCCAGAAGCAAGGAAUUUCUCUAAAUCUAUUUUCUGCAUAAUCUGAAUUCCCAGACUCACUCAUGGGGCUAAUUCAUCAGCUAUUUUGAUAAGCACAUAUUUGAUAUUCCUUAUUAAAUAUGCAGAAAGGAACAUAUUGAUAUAAUGUACUUUGACCUACUUUUUAGGCUGAUUUUUGACUGUAAUCAUUUAAAAUUAACUUACUAAGUGUUUCCUCUCUUUUUCUAAUAGUUGUUCAACUCAAAUGUUGUUUGACUUGCAGAAUCAUAACUCAUAGGUUUGAAUACCAGUACAGUAUAUUAUAGAGAGCAACAGUAAUGGCGUCUUUUUGUAGGCACUAAUUCUGCCAUGGUUCGUUGGAUAAAGCCUAUGGGGAAAUGAAUGCCAUUUUUGUAGGGUUUUUGGAUAAACACAGAAAAUAAGGUCAGUGGUAAACACAGGCUUAGGAGAUCUUAUAAAUUUUGUUCUAUGAGAUAAUAUUAAUCAGCUAACGUCACUUUUUGUGAAUUCUGAAGCAUUUAUGUAAUUUAAAAAAGCACAAAUUACAUAAAGGCAUUAUAAGGGAUGUAGCUCAGUUGGUAGAGCAUGGCGUUUGCAAUGCCAGGGUUGUGGGUUCGAUUCCCACGGGGGGCCAGUAUGAAAAAUAAAAUAAAAUAAUGUAUGCACUCACUAACUGUAAGUCGCUCUGGAUAAGAGCGUCUGCUAAAUGACUAAAAUGUAAAAAUGUUAAAUAAGUCAUAUAGGUCAUGUUAACUGACUGAUAUUAUCUCAUAGAACAAAACGUAUAAAAUCUCCUAAAUUUGUGUUAAUCUCAGAGUUUAUUUUCUGCGUUUAUCCCAAAAUACCUAUUCUGUUCCAUUCAUUUUCCCCAUGGGAAUGGCUGAAUGAACCAGAGGUAACUCAUUUCCGGUUUUUAGGACUACAAACUGCAUGCUCUACAGCAGGGUUCUUCAAUUCCGGUCCCGGAGGGCCGAAACACGUCUGUUUUUUAUUUCUACCUGGUAGUUAAUUGCACUCACCUGGUGUCCCAGGUCUGAAUUAGCCCCUGAUUAGAAGGAGGGGAUGAAAACCAGAGGUGUUUCGGCCCUCCAGGGGUUAGGGUUAGGGUUAGGACCCUGCUCUACAGCUUCUGCCGAGUCCCCAACAACCGUGUUUUUCGGUGUUUCAAGGGAAUCGGAAGAGAGCCUUUGACGUAACUUCGCUACAUUAGGUUUAAAUAGAUUACAACAAGGCUACUCAAAUAUUCAACAAAGAGGCGUGGUCAUCUCCUUGUCUCAUUAAUAUAUAUAUAUAUGGACGUCAGCGUUCUACCCCCGCCCCUCGCUGAACUUGCUGUGUAGUUUUAACAGGCAUUAAGUUCAGUCGUGGACAGAUAGUGCACCAACCCACAUGACUGGCGUGUAGGUAGAGACUUUUCGCUGCGUAGAAGUGGCUAAAAAAAAUAGGAAUGUAACGAUACGAACUACCUAACUAGAAGAACUUGAGCAGACGGACAUACAAAGGGGCGCAAAAGGGAAUCAUUUUCUCUGUGUUGCAAAGCUGUGGCUUGUUGGAGAAAGUCUUGUGCUCUGCUUGGUGUAUGUUCAAAUCGGAGGAGUGCAUUGUUGCGGUGAAUCGGCCAGACACGGUCUAGUUUCCAAGCAGAGCGACCCGAGAGGCAAAGGCAACACCAGAGGCAUGAUUUUGAGACGGGGCUCGGUUGUUGGCGUUGCUGAUUUUUGCUUACAUGCCUUAUUGUUGUGCGUUUGUGCAAAGGUAUGUGGAUUACUUUACAGUUGCACAUUGUGGAAUAUGAUCAGACAGCUUCUCUGGACGCAUUGAUUCUUCAGUAGGCGACUUUAUAUAGGCUAGUUAAAACAUGAAGUUAGCUCGGAGUGUGGGAAAUAUUUAGCUGGAGUCCCUAAAUUCUUUUGAUGUGUGCAUUUAAACUGUGGCUGGCGGUAUUGAUCGGCUGCAACCCUCUUCCCCAAGCGAAACAAGACCAUUUUUAGUUUUGCCAGUUCAAAAUUUGUUAGCGAGUCAGAUUGUUGUUUUCGAUAACUUUAUGGCUCCGUUAGUUUGAUCUUAUUACCCAUAGUUUGCAACUUUUGUAGAGACUGCAUAACAAUCGUUCUCUAUAUGUCCAUCGGUUUCACACAGUUUCUUCGUUCUGCUUUAUCAACAGGUGGCCGAGGGAACGGGUCAGUUCGAGUUGGAAAUCUUAUCGAUGAACAACCUGAACGGCGAGCUUCUUAACGGGCUGUGUUGCGACGGCUCACGGAACGCCGGGGAUCGGAAAUGCAGGAUGGAUGAGUGUGAUACGUAUUUUAAAGUGUGUUUGAAGGAAUACCAGUCGCGGGUUUCGGCUGCAGGACCUUGCAGCUUCGGGUCCGGUUCUACCCCUGUCCUUGGAGGGAAUACAUUUUCUUUGAAGAACUUGGCGAGGAACGAAAGAUCCAAGAUUGUUUUGCCGUUCAGUUUCGCCUGGCCGGUAAGUUUAUAUCUUGAUAUCCUAGACCUCUCGUCUCGUUGUGUGCUAAUAACAUCAUUAGGUUAAACUGUGAAAAGGCUUCCAUUGUCAUUGUUUUCGUCCCCGAAAGAAAAGAAAUCAGCGAAAAGGAUUGCAUGGUCGCCACUAGCCCAAUAAUCGACUAAAGGAGCCUAACGUUACUCCUUAUAGUUCAAGUAAUUUACAUGCUCUGUUUAGAGGCGAUGGCAGCCUAAACAGCGGAUUCCUCAAUCUAAACGUGAAUCGAUUCUCAAUUGCAGUCCGGUUCUAGAAACAUAACGCCCUGCACUUUCAUAUCACAUCAAAAUAAUUUCACAAAUGCAAAAUAUCCACUUACUGUGCACUGUUUUAACCGGUUUUAACACCGUUGGAGCCGACAGUGUUUUUCAGUAACGUUGGUGGUGUCCGUCUUACAUUUACACACGGGUGUCUUUUUUUUUUGUGUGAUCUGCAGUUCGCAGUGUUUGACUUGGGCAGGAGCUCACCUGAACUGAGUACCGAAAACCUCACAUUUUCUACUGCAUGAGUUCCUGCACCUCUUAUAUAAUAUUAGCUUAAAUUAUUGCAGAGUUCCUUCACCUAAAUAUAAACAGUACCGGCACUCAAAAAAUUAAUACUGGCAACUCUUUCUGUCUAAGGCCAGCACUGGCAGGUCGCGAACGAUUCAUUCAUUUACUGACUCAAGAGUCAUGAUUAGUUUUUUCUAAAUGACUCGUUAAUUCUAGUCGUUAGUUUGACCUGCUGGCCGCAAUGAAUUAGGAUUAAUACCCGCUCCUCCGACGACUCGUACUCUCCGACCAACAACCGUCUGUCAUAUAUGCGCGCAGGCAAAAUAGAUGAUGCUGCAGGCAGCGUACAGAAGAUAAAUACAUGUUUAGAACUGAUAAUUGAUCGCAUGGUGCAAGAAUUAAUGCAAUUAAUUAAUUAUUAAUGUUGUAAUGGACACAGCUUUUUAGAACCAAAACAUACACAGCCUCUGCUCAACGAACGAGAACGAAUCGUUUGGGGUGCUGCAGUUUGCGAACGAUAUUGUGCACUGCUUAUCACCCUAACAGCAGUCAAACAACAAUUAAUUCCGCCAAGAAUCGUUCACAAUCUAGUCCUGUUGCGGCCAACUAGACCUAGUUUCAAGUGUACCAAGAAAUAAUAUUAUGUGUAUGCCCAGCAAUCACGCUUUUUCAAGUCUGUCAUAAAUGACAGCUCCAAUGAUCCCGUGAACUGGUGAACGAGAGGCUUGUAGAUUCAGGACUCUUUGAAGUUUUGAGUUCAUCGUUCGCCGGUAGGGGGCAGUGUUGGGUUCGAGACCACCUAAAGCGAGACCGAGUCAAGACCAAGAUCGGAGGGGGGCGAGACCUGGAGGGAGGUGAGGAGUCCAAGACUGAGACCAGAAAAAUGCGGUCAAAUUCAACACCAUGAUUGUAAUUGUAAAAUCACCACCAUAAUAAGAGUUCAAAAUGUCCAGUAUUUCUGUGUUCAUAUUUCAGAAGAACAUAUGGAUUCUUUAGACAUUCAGAAUGGUGAGGGCAGAUAGAGAGCCACUCUCCAAAUGAUCACUAACCCAGACAUGUUUAGCGAUUUUAAAAAUACUAUAUAUGUUCCAACUUCCCCCGGUCUCCCCUUUUUAUUUUAUUUAUUUAUUUUUAUUUCACCUUUAUUUAACCAGGUAAGCCAGUUGAGAACAAGUUCUCAUUUACAACUGCGACCUGGCCAAGAUAAAGCAAAGCAGUGCGAUAAAAACAACAACACAGAGUUACAUAUGGGGUAAACAAAACGUACAGUCAAUAACACAAUAUAAAUCUAUAUACAGUGUGUGCAAAUGUAGUAAGUUAUGGAGGUAAUAAAUAGGCCAUAGUGCAAAAUAGUUACAAUUGAGUAUUGACACUGGAAUGAUAGAUGUGCAAAUAGAGAUACUGGGGUGCAAAUGAUCAAAAUAAAUAACAAUAUGGUGAUGAGGUAGUUGGGUGGGCUAAUUACAGAUGGGCUGUGUACAGGUGCAGUGAUCGGUAAGGUGCUCUGACAACUGAUGCUUAAAGUUAGUGAGGGAGAUAAGUCUCCAGCUUCAGAGAUUUUUGCAGUUCGUUCCAGUCAGAGAACUGGAAGGAAUGGCGGCCAAAGGAGGUGUUGGCUUUGGGGAUGACCAGUGAGAUAUACCUGCUGGAGCGCAUACUACGGGUGGGUGUUGCUAUGGUGACCAAUGAGCUAAGAUAAGGCAGGGAUUUGCCUAGCAGUGAUUUAUAGAUGACCUGGAGCCAGUGGGUUUGGCGACGAAUAUGUAGUGAGGGCCAGCCAAUGAGAGCGUACAGGUCACAAUGGUGGGUAGUACAUGGGGCUUUGGUGACAAAACGGAUGGCACUGUGAUAGACUACAUCCAAUUUGCUGAGUAGAGUGUUGGAGGCUAUUUUGUAAAUGACAUCGCCGAAGGCAAGGAUCGGUAGGAUAGUCAGUUUUACGAGGGCAUGUUUGGCAGCAUGAGUGAAGGCUUUGUUGCAAAAUAGGAAGCCGAUUCUAGAUUUAACUUUUGAUUGGAGAUGCUUAAUGUGAGUCUGGAAGGAGAGUUUACAGUCUAACCAGACACCUAGGUAUUUGUAGAUGUCCACAUACUGUAGGUCAGACCCAUCGAGAGUAGUGAUUCUAGUCGGGCAGGCGGGUGCAAGCUGCGUUCGAUUGAAGAGCAUGCAUUUAGUUUUACUAGUGUUUAUGAGCAGUUGGAGGCUACGGAAGGAGUGUUGUAUGGCGUUGAAGCUCGUUUGGAGGUUUGUUAACAGUGUCCAAUGAAGGGCCAGAUGUAUACAAAAUGGUGUUGUCUGCGUAGAGGUGGAUCUGAGAGUAACCAGCAGCAAGAGCGGCGACAUUGAUAUACACAGAGAGUAGAGUCGGUCUGAGAAUUGAACCCUGUGGCACCCCCAUAGAGACUGCCAGAGGUCCAGACAACAGGCCCUCCGAUUUGACACUUUGAACUCUCUCUGAGAAGUAGUUGGUGAACCAGGCGAGGCAGUCAUUUGAGAAACCAAGGCUUUUUAGUCUGCCAAUAAGAAUGCGGUGAUUGACAGAGUCGAAAGCCUUGGCCAGGUCGAUGAAGACGGCUGCACAGUACUGUCUAUUAUCGAUCGCGGUUAUAAUAUCGUUUAGGACCAUGAGCGUGGCUGAGGUGCACCCAUGACCAGCUCGGAAGCCAGAUUGCAUAGCGGUGGGAGAAGGUACGGUGGGAUCUGAAAUGGUCGGUGAUCUGUUUGUUAACUUGGCUUUCAAAUACUUUCGAAAGGCAGGACUGUCUGAAUUUGGGUGAAGGAGAAGCGGGGGGGGGGGGGGGGGGGGGGGGGGGGGGGGGGGGGGAUGGGCAAGUUGCAGCGGAGGGUGCAGAGCUGGUGGCUGGGGUAGGGGUAGCCAGGUGGAAAGCAUGGCCAGCUGUAGCAAAAUGCUUGUUGAAAUUCUCGAUUAUCGUAGAUUUAUCGGUGGUGACAGUGUUUCCUAGCCUCAGUGCAGUGGGCAGCUGGGAGGAGGUGCUCUUAUUCUCCAUGGACUUUACAGUGUCCCAAAACUUUUUGGAGUUAGUGCUACAGGAUGCAAAUUUCUGUUUGAAAAAGCUGGCCUUUGCUUUCCUAACUGAUUGUGUAUAUUGGUUCCUAACUUCCCUGAAAAGUUGCAUAUCGCGGGGGCUGUUCGAUGCUAAUGCAGUACGCCACAGGAUGUUUUUGUGCUGGUCAAGGGCAGUCAAGUCUGGGGUGAACCAGGGGCUAUAUCUGUUCUUAGUUCUGUAUUUUAUGAAUGGGGCAUGCUUAUUUAAGAUGGAGAGGAAAGCACUUUUAAAGAACAACCAGGCAUCUUCUACUGACGGAAUGAGGUCAAUAUCCAUCCAGGAUACCCGGGCCAGGUCAAUUAGAAAGGCCUACUCGCUAAAGUGUUUUAGAGAGCGUUUGACAGUGAUGAGGGGUGGUCGUUUGGCCGCGGACCCGUUACGGAUGCAGGCAAUGAGGCAGUGAUCGCUGAGAUCCUGGUUGAAGACAGCGGAGGUGUAUUUAGAGGGUAAAUUAGUCAGGAUGAUAUCUGAGGGUGCCCAUGUUUACGGAUUUAGGGUUAUACCUGGUAGGUUCCUUAAUAAUUUGUGUGAGAUUGAGGGCAUCUAGUUUAGAUUGUAGGAUGGCCGGGGUGUUAAGCAUAUCCCAGUUUAGGUCACCAAGCAGUACGAACUCUGAGGAUAGAUGGGGGGCAAGCAAUUCACAUAUGGUGUCCAGGGCACAGCUGGGGGCUGAGGGGGGUCUGUAGCAAGCUGCAACAGUGAGAAACUUAUUUCUGGAAAGGUGGAUUUUUAGAAGUAGAAGCUCAAACUGUUUGGGCACAGACCUGGAUAGUAUGAUAGAGCUCUGCAGGCUAUCUCUACAGUAGAUUGCAACUCCACCCCCUUUGGCAGUUCUAUCUAGACGGAAAAUGUUGUAGUUGGGGAUGGACAUUUCUGAAUUUUUGGUGGACUUCCUAAGCCAGGAUUCAGACACUGCUGGAACAUCAGGGUUGGCGGAGUGUGCUAACGCAGUGAAUAACUCAAACUUAGGGAGGAGGCUUCUGAUGUUAACAUGCAAGAAACCAAGGCUUUUACGGUUACAGAAGUCAACAAAUGAUAGCGCCUGGGGAGUAGGAGUGAUACUGGGGGCUACAGGGCCUGGGUUAACCUCUACAUCACCAGAGGAACAGAGGAGGACUAGAAUAAGGAUAUGGUUAAAGGCUUUAAGAACUGGUCUUCUAGUGCGUUGGGUACAGAGAAUAAAAGGGGCAGAUUUCCGGGUGUUGUAGAAUAGAUUCAGGGCAUUAUGUACAGACGAGGAUAUGGAAGGAUAUGACUACAGUGGAGGUAAACCUAAGCGUUGGGUAGUGAUGAAAGAGAGAGCAUCACUGGAGCAUUUAAACGUUUCAUUUUUUUUUAUAAGGUUCUCGUGAUAUGAAAGAUAAGUUCCUUAUUUUUCCAAAACCGUACCACAAGCGAUGCAGUAUUUAGUCUGUUAAUGGGCUAGGUGGUCUAUAGACUGAAGGUAGUCUAUUAAUGGGCUAGGUGGUCAAUAGACUGAAGGUAGUCUAUUAAUGGGCUAGGUGGUCUAUAGACUGAAGGUAGUCUAUUAAUGGGCUAGGUGGUCUAUAGACUCUGGAGGUAGUCUAUGAAUGGGCUAGGUCACCAUGUGGUAGGUGGUAGAACCUUAGCACUGUUGUAUUCUUUGCAAUUUUAUGGCCCAAUUUUACUGCCCAUCAAUCACUUGUCUAAAACACAUAAUAAAAAGUGAAUGAAUGUUGCAUAUUGUCAACAUUAAUGGUUGACCUACCAUAAAUGGUCCUUUUGAGUUGAGGAGACAUCCAGGGCUUUCUCAUUAACUAAUUUACCGGUCACAGGUGUGACAUUUGCAUCAUUUUAAUUAUAUUUUAUUUAUUUAUGGCACAACUCUCUCCAUUAUGAAUUGUGUCAGUAGUUAUCAUGAUCGAAAUGUGGAUUAUUGUGGGCGUGUAGCAAGCGAGACUGUGUGACCAAAAAACAUUUGAUCAUUCAUCUGUAUCAGAUAACGCCUUCAGCAGAUGUGGCUCCUUCCCUUGGUGUUUAUUUUUAAUUCAGCUAUCUACAAGUUAGUAGUUCAACAGUGUAGGUUACUGUCUCACUUCAAAUGAAGUCUAUUUUUCUAAAGGCAGGCUACAUAAUAAAUAGGUAAACCAUUUAUAACAAAGAUUUUCUAACAUUUUUCAGACUACUGGACUCUUUGAUCUCACCACAGAAGAGUAAUAAAAUGCCACGUUGUGAAAUAGGACAGCGUUUGAUAUGAGGUGGGGGGAUCCAGAGAAGCUCACACAGUGUUUGAUAUGAGGUGGGGGGAUCCAGAGAAUCUCACACAGUGUUUGAUAUGAGGUGGGGGAUCCAGAGAAGCUCACACAGCGUUUGAUAUGAGGUGGGGGAUCCAGAGAAUCUCACACAGCGUUUGAUAUGAGGUGGGGGGAUCCAGAGAAGCUCACAGAGCGUUUGAUAUGAGGUGGGGGAUCCAGAGAAGCUCACAGAGCGUUUGAUAUGAGGUGGGGGAUCCAGAGAAGCUCACAGAGUGUUUGAUAUGAGGUGGGGGGAUCCAGAGAAUCUCACACAGCGUUUGAUAUGAGGUGGGGGGAUCCAGAGAGGGGAAACAGGAAAGCAGGAGGACAGAACUGCCUGGUUUCCAUGUUUUAACGGACGUCACGCUGCUUGCUUAGCGAGUACCACUUCCUCCUGAUUUUUGUCUCACACCGAAGCUCGAACCCAGAACCUUUUGCUUUGCUAGCACACGUGACAGCCCCUCCCGAACCGUCUUACCCAGUCGGCGCCAUGAAAGUUAACAAUUCGGCCACGCAAUUGCUUCCCCAGCCCACUACAGUGUCCCUCCGCACAAGCUGCGGCUUGAUGGGUUGUCUAGACAGACAGGCCAUCGGGCUAUUAGCAUGUACCCGUCCUGUUAAGGACCACACACCACACCGAAUGUUGAUCUGCCGUUCCUUCGGCACGUUGUGUUUUAGGGACCACCCGAUGGUGGACUUAUGACUGUCCCCCCCCCCCCCCCCCCCCCCCCCCCCCAAGAAAUUAUAAAAUAGUUUGAUAAACACUGUUUGUUUUGUAAGCUUUUAAAUUAUAUCAAUGUCAACCGUUUAUCUUUUCCAGCGCGAAAUGGGUCAACUUUGAGCACCUUAAAUCCACUUUCUGACCAUUUCUUCUACAUUUGGGCAAAUAUGUAUGGAAGGUUUCAAAUCCAAAUGGGAUUCUGUCAAAAAGUGAUUUAAUUCUAAUGGAUUUACCCCAAUACAGUACAAUUUUGUAAAAGUUCUCCUUCGUGAUUCAGAUUUUAAUUUACUUAGCUAGCGUUAUUGUCUACUCCUCGUUGUAGAUGUUGGCAGCCUAACAGUUAGUUUGGUCGAGCCGCAGCAAACACUAGCCUAAGGUCAAUGUUGACGUUAAUGUCAUGGCAACUUGAUAGCGCAAACAAAGCAAACGUCAACCUUUCUGUAGCCAGAUGUACUAACGAGGCCCAUGUCUGGCUUUGGUUACAAACCAUUGAUAAUUAUAAUAAAUACGUGAAAUAAUGAAUGAACUGGACAUGGAAAAUGUAACAAAAAAAGGGUCAACAUUUUAUAUACAUGGAUGGAUUUAUCUCAGCAUUGCUCUAACCACAGCUGAAAUGUCAACAAUAGGGUCAUACAGGGUAACGUUUCUGUCUUGAUGUGGGUUGGCCCUAGUUGCCCAUUGUCCAUUACAAAAGAGGCUGUCUUGCCCAAUUUGGUUAGGCCUAGAGGUUGGUGUAAUAGAGUAGAGACGCUCUGGCUUCCUCCUCCAAGUGUCUCUGUACUUCAGUAAGCAGCAACAAUCACUAGGGUUAGUCACUCUUUGUUCCUCUCAUAAAUUGAUUGGUUCUUGUGAACAGAUGGCAGAAACGAUUUGGUUCCACUGAAGGGAGAGUAUUUCUUCCAGCCCCCUCAGACCUGGGUUCAAAUAUUUUAGUUGGGCUUAAUUGAGAUUGGUCGGCACAAUGGAACCGAUAGAAUAGUCGCAGAAGUGCAAACCGAGAGUGCAACAAUAGUGUUCGAUUUUUGCACUCUGCAUCACCUGUGGAGCACUGCGACGUACUGCCUGGUUCUGCCUGGCCUCUUGUUCUUCACUGUUGGCUGGGCCUGGGGCUUUGUGGGGGUCCCUCUAAUUCAGCCACACUCGGUUGGAGCUCAGGCAUUUCAUAUCUUUAACCCUGCCACUUAAUGAGACCCUGGCUAUCCAUCCACAUGUGCUGCACUGAUAGGCCUAGAUCAGUGGAACAGGUAGACAGGUCAACACGACAGCCAGUUCAGACAGACAACCUGCUCAAUGGGCUUCUUCAUCAUUGAUCUGUAUCUGAAACAAUUUUAAAGUUUCUCUAGCUAAAUAAAUAGGUUCGUAAACUUUCAAGCAAGCGAGCUAUCCCCCCCCCCCCCCCCCCCCCCCCUAAUGAAAUGUAUUAAGGGUAUUGUUCCCAGGGAGGGAAGGAGGUCUGUCCCAUCCACCUAGACCUCGUCUCUGUCCCUCCUAGCUUGUGGCCCUGGUCCUGGCUGGCUACAGGAGGCUCAGUGGCCCUGGUCCUGGCUACUACAGGAGGCUCAGUGGCCCUGGUCCUGGCUACUACAGGAGGCUCAGUGGCCCUGGUCCUGGCUACUACAGGAGGCUCAGUGGCCCUGGUCCUGGCUUGCUACAGGAGGCUCAGUGGCCCUGGUCCUGACUACUACAGGAGGCACAAUGGUCCUGGCUGGCUGCAGGAGGCUCAGUGGCCCUGGUCCUGGCUUGCUGCAGGAGGCUCAGUGGCCCUGGUCCUGGCUUCUACAGGAGGCUCAGUGGCCCUGGUCCUGGCUUCUACAGGAGGCUCAGUGGCCCUGGUCCUGGCUUGCUGCAGGAGGCUCAGUGGCCCUGGUCCUGGCUUCUACAGGAGGCUCAGUGGCCCUGGUCCUGGCUUCUACAGGAGGCUCAGUGGCCCUGGUCCUGGCUUCUACAGGAGGCUCAGUGGCCCUGGUCCUGGCUACUACUGGAGGCUCAAUGGCCCUGGUCCUGGCUUCUACAGGAGGCUCAGUGGCCCUGGUCCUGGCUUCUACAGGAGGCUCAAUGGCCCUGGUCCUGGCUUCUACAGGAGGCUCAAUGGUCCUGACUACUACAGGAGGCUCAAUGGUCCUGGCUGGCUGCAGGAGGCUCAAUGGUCCUGGCUGGCUGCAGGAGGCUCAGUGGCCCUGGUCCUGGCUUCUACAGGAGGCUCAGUGGCCCUGGUCCUGGCUUCUACAGGAGGCUCAGUGGCCCUGGUCCUGGCUACUACAGGAGGCUCAGUGGCCCUGGUCUGGCUGCUAAGGAGGCUCAGUGGCCCUGGUCCUGGCUGCUACAGGAGGCUCAGUGGCCCUGGUCCUGGCUGGUCUACAGGAGGCUCAGUGGCCCUGGCUGGCUCAGGAGGCUCAGUGGCCCUGGUCUGGCUCUACAGGAGGCUCAGUGGCCUGGUCCUGGCUCUACAGGAGGCUCGUGAGAUGGUCCCUGGCUGGCUACAGGAGGCUCAGUGGCCCUGGUCCUGGCUACUACAGGAGGCUCAGUGGCCCUGGUCCUGGCUCUACAGGAGGCUCAGUGCCUGGUCCUGGCUUCUACAGGAGGCUCAAUGGUCCUGGCUGGCUGACAGGAGGCUCAGUGGCCCUGGUCCUGGAUCUCAGGAGGCUCAGGAGCCUGGUCUGGCUAUACAGAGGCUCAGUGCCCUGGUCCUGGCUUUACAGGAGGCCAGUGGCUGGCUGGCUAGCAGGAGGCUCAAUGGCCAUGGCUGGCAUCAGGAGGCUCAGUGGCCCUGGUCCUGGCUACUACAGGAGGCUCAGUGGCCCUGGUCCUGGCUACUACAGGAGGCUCAGUGGCCCUGUCGGCUUCUACAGGAGGCUCAAUGCCUGGUCCUGGCUACUACAGGAGGCUCAUGGCCUAUCUGGGCCUACAGGAGGUUCAUGGUCCUGGCUACUAAGAGGUAA